UUAAUUUAGUAUGAUCUAUUUACAUAUUCCCCAUCGAUCUGUAAAACUUCUUCGGUGUUCAGUGCAUACACUUUUAGGCGUUUUAGUUGUAUUCUUGUAUCCCACCGUAACUGACGCCGGCAGAGCCACACGUUUUAUAUUACACAUAAGCUUCGUGUCUAUAACUCUCAAUAAGUAUUACGGUGUCAACAGAUAUACAACUAUCGCAGUGUUAGGUUAACUCUCAAGCCACGUCAACGAUAAUAAAUUCACAACAAUGACGCUAGAAAUUGAAUCAAUGUCUAGGUACAUCUCUCCCAUCAAUCCAUCAGCAUUUCCAGUAUUAUCUCUUGUUUUACUUUUCAUUGGAAUCUUUUUCACAGCUUGGUUUUUUGUCUAUGAAGUAACAAGCACAAAGUUCACAAGAGAUUUGUUCAAAGAACUUCUUAUUUCUUUAGUAGCUGCUAUAUUUUCAGGUUUUGGAGUAUUAUUCCUUAUGUUAUGGGUAGGAAUAUAUGUGUAGAUUUAAUUAAAAUGUUUAUAUAGUACACAGACUUUGCAUAUUUUUACAAAAUAAUUUCAUUUAGACAUAUGUACGCAAAGUGAUGAAUUUGAUUUGAAAAGAAAAAAAAGCAAUACAAUUGUAAAUUUUGAUAAAGUUAUGCUUUUAUCUGUUGUAUUUGUCAUACAAUAUUAAAAAAAUUCAUUUAAAAAUGUUAAUCAAUUUUCACUUUUUAAUUUUAUGCAACAGUCUUUAAUGAACUGUUAGCUCUUACCAUUGAGUGUCAAUCAAUAACUGUGAAAUAAUAAAUAUGAAUCUUUAUCAACGAAA